UUUACUGUUUGCAGAACACUGAGAACACAUUCUAUUUUUUACUGCAUCAGUUUCUCGUUUUUUCGUAAAUUGAAUGUUAUAAAUUUGUUAUAAAUUUCCGUUUUUUAUGUGGAUGGCUGUCUUAGCACCCUUUAACAGAUUUAUCCACCAUUUCAUGUUGAAGUGUUAAUGAUUAAUCAUGUCAUCAUCUGCAGAAGACCCUGAAAAUUCCAUCGAUUUUGAUGCACGACAACCCGAAUCAACAUCACCUUCGCGAAAACCACGGCAUAUUUGGUCACACGCGGAAUCUUUGAUUGCGUUGCGUUCUUAUCAGUCUCAUGGUGGAUGCACUGCCAAGCCUCACGAGCGAGGGAACUUAUGGCGCGAUGUUUUCGCGGAUCUGCGUAAACACAACAGACACGAGAUCGUCUCGCCACGCGCUGUACGCGAUCACAUCACGCAGCUGUUGAAGGAUUUCCGCGAGGGAACGUUGAAGCCGUCCGCUGAUGAAGCUGCAGUGGAAUUAAAAGCGAAAUUAACUGAAGUAUGCCAGCGGCAAACGGAGCACCUGAAGACUCGUAAAAUAAAAGUAAACUUGAAUGAUGCGGAGAAAAAGCAGUGCAAGACGUUGCAUCGGUGGUCGGAAGAAGAAACACUGAUAGCGCUGCGAUCCUUCCGCGCGCGGAACGGAUACACCGCCGUGAACCAACAACGGGGGAUUUUAUGGGGCAGCAUCCUGCAGGAUUUGCGGGAGAAGGGAAUGCCGAUUGUGUCAGCCCGUGCGGUGCGCGAUUACGUUACUAAAUUGCUUAGAGAUUUUCGGAAGGAAAAUCCGGGUUUGGAACGGAACACUGGUUCUAGGUGGAAUGCAACCAUGGAAGUUCUGUUGGAAAUCUGCCAAUUGGAGGAAGGACGAGGGGAUGUUGCAGAUGACAUAUGCGGGGAUUCGACGGCUGUGGGAACGGGGGGUCGAAAAAGAAAUCAUGAAGCUCCUGUCCAACCGAAAACUAUCGCUCGCGCUUUAAAAGAGCGAAAUUUUUCCCGCUUAUAUUGCCCCGACUGUGAUGUGUUUUUGGAUAAGGCAUGUCCCGUGCAUUCGCAGCGUGUCUGUGAUGCGCCAGUGAUUCCUCUCGCCAUUGCUUCCUUGCCGAGCGUCUUGGAAUUUAUUUCUUUUGGUAUUUCCGGGCUUCCGACAGGUGUUCAAGCUAAAUCGGCCAUCCCGAAGUUGACUGUUUUUGGACCGCUUCGUGGCGUUAUUGCUCAUGAUCUCGAGAAGAAAGACUCGCUGUCCACAACUUGGUCCGGCCAGGAAAAUGAACCUGUAUACGCUCUUCCUGAUCUGAAUGGAGACUGCGUCAGACGGAUCAAGAUGGACUCUGUUCACACGUGCAACUGGUUGAAAUUUGUGCGGCGGGCUGCUGAUGCACGGGAACAUAACCUAGCGGUUUACGAAACCAAUGGGGAAAUUUAUUUCCUUACCAUUAGGCCCCUGGCUCCUGGCGAAGAAUUAAAGUUUUGGUAUUCGCAGAAAUAUGCACAGUCAAUCGGGCUUUGUGAUUCUGUUCCAGACCCACAUGACAAAGCCAGAGUCGUUCCGCCGAAGUUCAAGAAAAUAUACAGUUUUGAAUCGACAUUACCGGCGAAUCUGCCUGAUGAUGAUGAUAAUUCUGGCGCGUUUGUGGAGGAAUUUCUGGGAGAUGGCGGUAGUGGAAUCGAAUCGUCCGAUAGCGCGGAUCUGGCGCCUACUACUUCACGAAAUAGCGAAUGGAUCGAUGAAAAAGACAAAGACGAAGAUGUUUCCAUGGAGGCGGACCAAGAAGAGGAAAAGGAUGUUCCCCACAACCCUCCGGGGGAGGGGGGUAGGCCGAUCAAAAGCCGUCACAAGUGGUCAAGAGAGGAAACCACGGCUGCGCUGAGGCUGUAUAUCGCUUACGGAGGUUGUGGUCUCGAAUCGCGGGACACGGCCAAUCGCGAUACCCUGUGGCAGAAUAUCUACAAUGACCUCAUUGCUGCGCGUUUCAAGAUAACCUCCGUUCGAGCUGUUCGUGAGCGUAUGCUCAAUGUGAUGAAAAAAUUUCAAACGGACAUGUCAAAUGAAAAGGACAUUGUGCUGGAUUCCGUGGGUGAGUUGCUGCGGGAAAUCUUCCAGUUGCGGAAAGAGAGUCGCCGACAACUGAAGAUCAACAAAAAUCCUGAAGCUGGGGAAGAAGCGGAAACUAUAACUCAGCACUCUCCAGAUCAGAUUAACGUCAAGAAAUGCCGGCAUCGAUGGUCGAAAGAGGAAACACUUGCAGCUUUGCAGUUGUAUUGCACGCAUGAAGGAUAUCGUGUGGGCGCGAACCGCGCAGGACUUUGGCAGAGAAUUUAUGAUGGUCUGAUCGGCGCGAAUUUCAGAAUAAUUUCCCCGCGUGCUGUGCGCGAACAUGUGUUUAAACUGAUGGCCAGUUCCCAGACAGAUGAUGAAGGGACUGCGCUGGAUGCAACAGGUGAGAUGUUACGAAAAAUCCGCCAGCUGGAAAAAGACAGUGAAAAUGAAGCUGCAAACAAGAAACAGCAGCGGCUCGAAAAGAUGAAUGCAUCGGCAGCUGCAUCGACGAGUGGUCCAAAAAAGCGGCGGUUUUAUCCAAAGCCACGGACGAUGUUGCCACCGACGGAAACGGUGUACCCUUGCCUCGAGUGUCUGGUCAGUUUUACGUCGGAAAAACUGCUGGAGAUCCAUAAUCUGGGCCACAACACGGCCGAUACUGCAAAGUGGGACCAGUCCGAUGGGAUUGUUUGUCCAGAAUGUCAGAAAACAUUUGAAAGCAUCGUCAGCUUGAUUGCACACAUCAUGGAGCAUAAGAAAGUGUACGCGCCGCGGGUGCAGUGCGCUCAGUGUCACCGCUAUAUUGCAGCACAAUUUUUGGCCAGACAUAUGAGGGAAAUGCAUCCGAGCGAGGCUGGCACAACAUCGAAUGUCUGCGACGAAUGCGGCGAAGAGUUUCCGACACCACGGAGACUUGCUUUCCACAUUAAGGGAAUGCAUUCGGCGAAACCGUGUGCCAUAUGCGCCAAGAUGUUUUACACCUGGGUAGAGUUGGGGCAACACGCCCUCUCCCACCAGCAGCCCGACGGCUACCACUGUCCGCAGUGCAGUUUUAUCUGUCCCACCUACACCAAACUAGCGCGCCACGUCGCUAACUACCACGAUGUGCGCAAUCUGACCUGUUGUCCGGUGUGCAACAUGAUGUUCACGUCCAGGAACCGGCUGAACGGUCACAUGCGCAACCACGCGGAAGGAUUCCAGCAUGACUGCGGAUUGUGCGGUAAGAGCUUCCGGACGCGGAGCACACUGCAGUAUCACAAGCGCUGGUCGCAUGGCACGCAGCUCAAGGAGAAGUUCCGACGCCUGAAAGAAAAAGCCCCGGCCAGAGACUAUACGGCUCCGCGGAAGCGCAUGCGGUUCGAGGAGUUCACGUAUAAAUGCGAGGAGUGCCGGUUUGGGUUUAUGACGGAAGGCCGUUGGCUCCGGCACAAAGAGAAGUUCCAUUACGAUGGGGCCGAUGUUCCGUCUACGUAGAAAGUGUUUUGUUUUGUCGCUGUUGGCGGUCGUUAAAUUGAUUUUAGCCUUUCUGUUGACCUUCUGCCUUCCAGAAAAUUUAUAUAUGGAAUGCAGUUUUUAGUUUUGUAAUCUGUACGACUAUGCCAUUUUAUGGUUGUUGAGGCUGCUGGCUAAUUCAAUUUCUGUUCUACUGACAUGGUUUCCUGCAUCUCCCUACGAUCUCUUGAU